AUGUCAGAGCAACUCACCCCAUUCGGGCACGCCCUCGCAGGCGCACUCGGAGCAGUAUUCAGUAACACCAUUGUCUAUCCCCUUGAUACCAUCAAGACCCGCAUCCAAGCCGGCGAGAACAAAGUAGUCCAGAACGGGAAGGAGAAACAUCUAGGUGCAUGGGACCUUAUGUCCAAGAUCAUACGCGAGGAGGGUGUGGUGGGAUACUACGCAGGUUACGCAGCGACGAUGUUGAGCACGUUCUCUCAAUCGUACGCCUACUUCCUUGCCUACACCAUUGUACGCACCUCCUACCUACGCCGUCUCGCCGCCCGGACCAAAUCCACCUCUACCCAAAUUUCGAUCGGUAUGGAGCUCCUGCUCGGUGCCGUCGCUGGCGCCCUAGCACAAAUAUUCACGAUUCCCGUGUCGGUCAUCGCUACCCGGCAGCAGAUCGGCAAUGCACACCUGCACUCCACCCAUGCGCGCAAGGAGGAGCGGGACAACUCCUUCUUCGCCGUGGCGAGGGAUAUUAUCCGUGAAGACGGGAUCACGGGGCUCUGGGCUGGCCUGAAGCCAGGGUUGGUGCUCACCGUCAACCCGGCUAUCACGUACGGCGUCUUUGAGCGCAUGAAGGGAAUCGUACUCGCCCGCAGAAGGGAGACAAAGCUCAAGCCCUGGACGGCGUUUCUUGUCGGUGCGAUGAGCAAGACGCUCGCUACAGUCGUCACGUACCCGUAUAUCAUGGCGAAGAUUAGGUUGCAGGCGAAAUGGCACGGGGAGGAAGAUAUCGUCCCCGCUGUGGACGAUGCACCGAGCUUUGCGGAAGUGGCAGCUGCAGAUCCAGAGCAGGAAGUGAGGGAAAAGGCGAAGCAGGUUAAUGGGACUGUCAAGCCUGGAAAGGUGCAUACUACGCAUCAUGAGAAGUAUAGGGGAGCGGUGGACUUGCUCGCGGACGUCUUGAGACAAGAUGGGUUCAAGGGAUGGUACGAAGGCAUGGAAACUCAGAUCACAAAAGCCGUCAUCUGCCAAGCGAUGCUCUUCAUGAUGAAAGACCAGUUUGAACAUGUCGCCCUCUUGCUGACUAGGCAUGGGAGGAGAGUUGUUGCUGGCGCGGCGGGGAAGGUUUAG